AUGAAGACAACAUGGAAAGACAUACAACCUGUGCCAACGAGCCAGGAAUUCCUCGACAUUGUCCUCAGUCGAACGCAAAGGCGGUUGCCGACACAGAUUAGGGCCGGAUUCAAGAUCAGUCGUAUUAGAGCUUUUUACACCCGAAAGGUCAAAUACACCCAAGAAACUUUUUGCGAGAAGUUCCAGGCUAUCUUGGAUGGGUUCCCGAGGCUGCAGGAUAUUCACCCCUUCCAUGGUUGUUGGCAGUUAAGCUGGUUUCUAACACUCGCUUUCCUACACGCAGACAAGGACCUGCUGAAUACUCUUUACGAUGCGGAUCAUUUCCGAAUUGCGCUUGGUCAGCUAUCAACGGCAAAACGUUUGGUCGAAACCGUAUCUCGAGAUUAUGUACGCCUUAUCAAAUACGCACAGUCAUUGUUCCAAUGUAAGCAGCUCAAAAGAGCUGCUUUGGGUCGGAUGGCCACGAUUUGCAAAAGGCUGAAGGAUCCAUUGGUAUAUCUGGAACAAGUACGACAGCAUCUUGGUCGUUUGCCUUCGAUUGACCCCAAUACGAGAACGCUUCUUAUCUGCGGGUAUCCUAACGUAGGGAAGUCGAGCUUUUUAAAGAGUAUCACGAAAGCGGAUGUGGACGUGCAGCCAUAUGCUUUUACCACGAAGAGUUUGUUUGUUGGUCAUUUCGAUUACAAAUACCUUCGAUUCCAAGCGAUAGACACACCCGGAAUCCUGGACCAUCCACUCGAAGAAAUGAACACGAUCGAAAUGCAGUCGAUUACAGCUAUCGCCCAUUUGCGGUCUGCGAUUCUCUACUUCAUGGACUUAUCUGAACAGUGCGGGUAUUCUGUUUCAGAUCAAAUCAAAUUGUUUAACAGCAUCAAGCCCCUAUUCUCGAAUAAACUGGUUUUCAUUGUUGUGAACAAAAUUGAUGUUAUGCGCCCAGAGGACCUCGAUCCUACGACUAAAGAAGAACUUGAUAAGCUAUUGACUGUUUCGGGUGUCGAAUUGCUUCAGCUCUCGUGCACAACCACUGAGGGUGUAACGGCAGUCAAGAAUGCUGCGUGUGACAGGUUGAUUGCUGAGCGUGUGUCUCAGAAAUUGAAGACAGGUACCAACAGCUCCGGGGCAACUAGUGGUAGACUUGGUGACGUUUUGGCGCGCAUCCAUGUUGCUCAACCGUUGGGUGGUGUUCGCGAAGCGUUCAUUCCAGAAGCCGUUAAGAACCUUAAGAAAUAUGAUAAGGAGGACCCUGAGAGACGGAAACUAGAGCGGGAUAUCGAGAUGGAAAAUGGAGGUGCUGGUGUAUACAUCGCUGACUAUAAAAAGAACUACAAGCUUGCAGACAGUGACUGGAAUCAUGACAAGAUUCCCGAGAUCUGGGAUGGAAAGAACAUUUAUGAUUUCGUCGAUCCUGAUAUUGAGGAGAAACUCCAGCAGUUGGAGGAAGAGGAAGAGAAACUGGAAGCGGAGGGCUACUACGAUUCGGACGAGAGUGUUGAAGAUGCUGAAGAGGCAGAGAUUCGCAUGAAGGCUGAUUUAAUCCGAGAGAAGAGAGCACUGAUCCGCAACGAGGCCAAGAUGCGAAAAUCAUUAAAGAACCGUGCCCUUAUUCCCCGGAGCUCAAAGGCCAAGAAAUUAUCAGAAAUGGAAGCUCACCUCGACUCCAUCGGCUACGAUGCGACUGCAUCUUCUUCGCGUGCCCGAGAGCAAUCCCGUGGUCGUACUACAACCCGUAGCGAAGCUGACUUCAAUGAGGAUGCGAUGGACAUCGAUUCCACAGCUGAUUCUCGCCAGGCCGCGGUGCAAAGAGCUAAGAGCCGUGCUCGCAGCCAAGCAGCCACCAAUCGUCUUGUGGCCGGGGUUACCAGUACGACGGCGAGGUCCAAGGCAGAACGGUUAGCGAAAUUAGGACAAAAGAAGAUGAAUCGCAUGGCGAGACAAGGAGAAGCGGAUCGUCAUACGGUUGCUUCCUUGCCGAAGCAUUUGUUCUCUGGUAAGCGGACUGUCGGCAAGACGCAGCGACGUUGA